UUGUAGUAUUGUACAUUCAGCAUUGUGCUUUGUAGGUAUUAUAUUAUACUAUAUAGGUAGUAACAAGAGUUGCGUAUGUAAUUAAUUUCAUCGAAAUUACAUCACAGUUUAUUAAAGUAAGAACGUAAUACCUUAACAAUCGUCAAUCAAGGUACAAUGCAAAAUAUGAGAUGCCUAUUGUUAUAAAUAGUCAUGAUGACCGAAUGUAAAGUCCCUGUAUUUGUUAGUCCCCAAUCAUUAACUUUCAGUUUGGAGGACAAGUCAUCUCACAGGCAAAUAAUUACACUAUUUAAUCCAUACGAUUUUCCUGUCAGAUUUAAAGUUUUUUGUACGUGCACUAAAAAGUAUACUGUAGUUGAACCAGAAGGUUCAAUAAGUGCCAGUUCUCGAGUGGAUAUAGUGGUUAGGCACAAUGCUCCUGCACCAGCAUUCUGCGAUAUCAGAGAUAAAUUCCGAAUACAAAUGCAAUAUUAUACAACCAAAAAAGUCAUUGGACACAAAGAUGUUGAAACAGUUUUAGUAAGGUCUUCCGACAAUUUUGAGCUACCAGCUGAAAAUUUUAAACAAUUACUUAGAAGUGAUAUAUCUAUUGAUAACUAUGAUAAUGAAUCUGAAAUAAGACAAAACUGCAAUACAAAAACUCCAGGACCAAAUUUUACAACUCUAUUAAUGGCUGGUGUAUGUAUUUGUGGAUUACUUUUACCAUCAUCAGAAGAUUCAGACAUUCUGAAAUUUCGUAUUUCUUUCAAUUUAAAAUUAGCUUUAGCUUUUGUUUUGGGUAUGACCACAAUAACAAUAUUACAACAUCAAUAAUGCACAAGGAUAUUGUUACAUCAGAAUCCGCUUAUUACGAUUGUUUGAAACUAUUUUGUAUCCAAUAUGUAUGUUUCUAUUAUUAGUUAUUAGAUAUUAAUUUAUUUUUAAAUAUUAAUCUAAGCUAUUUAAUAGAUUAAUCUACUAUAUUCAUGCUAUACUUUUGAACUUUUUGCAAUAAUUUAUUAUUGAUUAUAGUUUUAAGAUCUGUAUGUUUUAAAAAAUUAUCAUUUAUUACCGACCUUUAAGAAUUUCAAUGCCAUACAAUUUGCACUUAUUAAUACAUAAAUAUAUUAA